UUCAACAACAAGCAUGUUCAAUCAAGAAGAGAUGAUCGAGAUGGACCAAUCCGAUGCAAGCGAAAGGUCAACGAUGGGAGUACCAGAAAAUAUUUUUGCAAUGCUCACGAACACCAAUUUCGUGAAGAUGUUGGCAGAGCAAAUAAACAACUUGAAUCCUCCGGCCACGUCAACAGGAAGCACAGUAUCAGAACAAUCUGUGGAGAAGGUCAAUAUACCCACCUUCAUAAUACCUCAAUUUGAGAACAGCGACAAGCUGAGGGGUCAUUCCAAUUUCCGUUCAUGGAAACAAAGAGUCGAACGUGACAUCAGGGCCCUAGGAAGAUCCCAAUUUCUACUGCACAACAUGGGUGGACCAGAGUGUAGCAUGAGCGUAGAUGAGAAAAACAUGUACAACGCUCAAGUCCUACAAUACUUGGAAGCAUCGUUGCAGCACGCUCCCAGAGCUGUAAUAGAAAAUGAGGAAUCGGCAGCUGAAGCCUUCAAAAAACUUAUCCAAAUGUUCGGCAAAAAUGAUGUUCAAAAAAUGGUGGAAGUUUUGGACAAUUUUGGAAAAAUUACAUUUUACCCGAAGAUGAACCCGGUGAACUUCGUCUCACAAUUCGAAAAAGGAGUUCAAGAAUUCAAGGAACUGGGCUUUCCGUUGGACCCGAAGAUCAUAGUGGGAUAUUUUCUACAUAAAAUCAAGGAUGCUAAUGGUUUCUUGGCGUUUUUCACCACAAUGGCUACACUACCAGAGGAAACGAGGACGUACGAGUUCGUAAAGAAUGCCUUUCUGGAGGUGGCGAAUAGCCAAUAUUUUAAGGAAGUAGAAAACAGUAUGUAUAAGAAUGAAUCAAAUGAUAGUUUGGAUAUUUGUUCCGAGUGUUUUGGUAUUACGGGUGAGAAUCUCAAUACUGAGAUCAAUGAAGUGUAUACUGUAUGCUCUUUUUGUAUUGACGAUCCCAUUGGAGAAUGUACUUUUACUAAUCCUAAUUCAGUUUCAGUGCUCUGCAUCAAAUGUGGUAAGAGAGAUGAUAAUAAUUGUUGUGAUUUUUGUUUAGAGAAUAGGUCUGAUCGAACAAACAGGGAUGGUUCAAAGAAAGAGAAAUAUCAAGUUAAGAGGUCUCCUUAUUUCAAAGAGAAAAGGGCAGAAAAGAGUCCUUACACACUGGAUCAGUUGGAGAAAAUCAAGAAAAUGACACCAGCUGAAAAGCGUGAGGCAAGUUGCAGAAAAUGUGGUUUGAUGUUCCACAAGUCAAACACAUGUGUGAACACAGAGAGAUUCUGCUUUUUCUGCCAUUAGAAGGGACACGAAAAGAAGGACUGUAGAAAACUGAAAGAUCAAAAAUCUAUUAAUGCCACAAUUUUGAAUCCAUUUGGUUUUGUAUAUGAUACAAAAAUAUAUCAGACAAGUAAAACACCUCAAACAUAUCUGGAAGCAAUGACAUGUUCAGAAAGUAGUAAAUGGAUUACUGCCAUUCAGUCCGAACUUGAAGCUAUAAACCAACAUGAAGUUUGGGAAAUUGUGGAAAGAAAACAAGGUAUGAAAAGUAUUCCGUUGAAAUGGGUAUUUACAGUUAAGGACAAUGGUGUGUGUAAGGCUCGUUUAGUUGUUGUAGGAUGCAAAGAUACUGAAAAGUAUACUCCUGA